CUCUCAGACAGGAGGAUGGGCACGGGAGAGUUUGCGUGUGUGACGCUGCUCGGCGGCGCUCCCUGGGGCUUCACACUUCGCCAGAGCACUCAAGACGCUCAACAUCCAAUCCAGCUGCUUGAGAUAGAGGAUGGUAGUCCUGCUGCCAUAGCUGGACUGUGUGAGAACGAUGAGCUGGUGUCAGUGAAUGGAAAGCCUUGCUCUAAUCUCAGUCUCUCAGACGCUGUUAAUCUCAUUGAGGCCUCAGCUGACUGCCUACAGCUGCUUGUCAAAAGAUGCUGUAGUCAACCUCAAGAGAGCUUUGAAAGGAUCAGUGCCACUUUUCGGAUCCCUUCUCCAUCCAGGCCUCAUGAGCCACAAGAACUAUACACCUCCGAGUCCCAGGAUGAAGCAUAUUAUGGAGAGACGGACAGCGAUGGAGAGUGUCCGGCAGGGACUCGAUUGGUCCGGACACAAGUUCAAAUACCUGCUCCUAGGAAUAAUAGAGGCACUGGUGCCCAGGGUGGUGGAGACACCAGUGUGGAUGUAGCCCCAGGAUCUGUUGUCGAAUUACAGCUCUCGCUCUCCAAGACCACCCUGGAGGAGCCAGACUGUACUGCAUUAGGCAGUGCUUGUGGAUUUGUGGGAGACAUCCAUCAAAGAAAGACAGAUGAGAGCGUCAAUUAUACAGCCGCCGCAUUAACUUCAGCUAACCCCCUCUACAUACCCAGACGAGACCGGCAACCACUUGGUCAGCGUGGUGUGUUGGUUAGCAAACCCCCUGCUUUGGCUGGACAGGUGGAGGUGACAGUGCAGCAGUUAUCUGGAAGCAGUUUAGAAAAGGAGGGGGUAGAGGCCAGUGAGCGGUUGGAUUCUGGUGGGGAAGAAGGAGGGCACAUUGAAGAAGCUCCCACCUCCUCAUCUGUGUCCUUUGGACUUCCCUCAGAGGAGUGGGACUCUGAAUCGGAGAGGGAGGUCAACGAGCCCAACAAGCACCGGGCAAGGCACGCCAGGCUGCGGCGCAGUGAGAGCCUUUCAGAGAAGCAGGUGAAAGAGGCUAAGUCCAAAUGCAAGCGCAUUGCUCUCCUGCUGUCGGCUCCUGCCCCCAACCCUAAUAACAAGGGGGUGUUGAUGUUUAAGAAGCAUAGACAGAGGGCCAAGAAGUAUACGCUUGUAAGCUACGGUACUGGUGAGGACGAGCCAGAUUAUAAGAACGAAGACGACGAAGACGACAAAGCGGAGCACGCUGUUGAGUUCACUGUUCUAGCGACAACUGAAACAGAAUUUGAUGAGGAUUUCUUUACCGAUGCCUCGGGCCAGAAAAGAAUUGUGAGCUUUGAUUGGGAUACUGGAUUACUUGAGAUAGAACGCAAGCUUGACAACCAGCAGGGUAUGGAUGCACUUCCUGAGACCAAAGGGAAAGGAGCCCUCAUGUUUGCCCAGCGCAAACAGCGCAUGGAUGAGAUAGUAGCAGAACAUGAAGAGAUGAGGCGUAAGGGGAUCCCUGUUGAAGCGAUGCAGGAGACUCAAACGCAUCAAACAUACCAACACAUGGAGGAGCAGGCUUAUAUGCAUGCACAAGAGACCCAGAAUUACAUGGAUGUAAAUCUACACCACAGUUUAUCGGCACAAAAGGAGCAACAACAAUAUCAACAGUACCAAGAACAGUACUAUCAACAACAGCAGCAGCAGUAUCAAGAGUAUCAGCAGCAGCUACAAUACCAGCAACAGCAACAUCAGUACCAACAACAGCAAGAAUACCAGCAACAAAAAAUGUACCAACACAUGCAAUCAUAUGAUCAGCAACAACAUUGUCAACAAGAGCAAGUGCAACAGUAUUCACAUCAUAUGAAUGGCAUGUUCGAUCAGCAAAUGCAAAUUGAAAUGCAGCCGUUAGUCACAAACAGAAGUGCCAAACCAUUUUCAGUUCAGAAUACAGUGGCUGCUCCAUUUUCCUCCUCGUCAAGUGCAGACAAUCAAGAACAGCCUGGGUAUUCAUUGGGACAAGGUGAACAGAUUGCUUCCCGAGAUGAGCGUAUAUCUGUGCCUGCUAUCAAAACUGGUAUCUUGCAAGAUACAAGGAGGAGGAGUGCCAGUAAGCCUAUGUUCACUUUCAAGGAGUCUCCCAAGGUUUCACCUAAUCCUGCUCUUUUGAAUCUCCUCAACAGGAAUGACAAGAAGGCAGGUUUUGAGACUUGCCCAGAAGAAGAUUAUUUAAGCUUGGGAGCUGAAGCCUGCAACUUUCUUCAGUCUCCUAAGAUGAAACACAAAAUUCCACCACCAGUAGCUCCUAAACCUCACAUUAACCCUUCUUCUCCCCCAUGGUCUGCUCAACAAGAAACUACUGACCAACUCAUGCCACAGCAAACCGAAGACAGUGCCCCAGCCCCUGCAGAAGCUCCUGUCACAGAGGCUGAUACUGCUUUUGCCCCUGCCCCUGAAAUGGGAGCCCCAAUGUUGUCCGAAGAAAAGCCUACACUGGCCCCUGAAGCCCAUGAUGUUUCAAACUGUCCUGAACAGCUUCCUCCAGAUAAUGCCUGGAAACAACAAGAAUCCCAAAUGGAGCCAAAUCAGCAACCAGAAACCUGGAAUGAGAAACAACCACAGCCACAAAUGAAUUCUGCUCCUGUCGCACCACCUGUUACGCAGUCAGAUCCAUCUGUAAGAUCAUGGGAUCCAGCUCCAACCCAAGGUCAUCAGCAGAUUCCAGUAAGUACUUGGGGUUCAAACGAGGUCCAAUUGCAAGUCCCAUCUCAAAACCAGUCUCAAACACAGACACAGUGGAUGGCACAGUCUCAAGGUCCUCCAGAAGUGUCUUCUAAAGCACAAUCCCAACCUUCUUGGGUGACUCAGCCUCAAGCCUCCCCCCCAAUCAAACAUCAACCACAGCCUCAGUCUCAAAUCAAUUCUUGGGCGCCAAGUUCAAAUCAGUCAACCCCACAAGCUCCAUGGUCUCAGCCGCAUGAGCCGGCCCAACCAUCUGUCAAUGUUUGGCAACAAGAUCAAAAUCAAGCUCAGGAACAUCCAACAUGGACCCAACAACAACAGUUCCAACAAUCCCAGUUAAUGUCACAAUGGGCAUCAUCCCCUCAGCAACAGCCACAGCCACAGCCUUCUUGGACUCAACCUCAGAGGCAGUCACAGCCACAACCACCUUGGGUCUCUCAGGCCAAACAGCAAGAACCAACACAGCCAUCUGCAAAUGCAUGGACUCAGCCACAGAGUCCAAUUCAAGCACAGCCUCCAUGGGCUCAGCAGACUCAACCUCCACCUCAGCCCACAGCACCAGUGCAGCAACCCAUGAAUCCUUGGCCAACAAUGCCAGCCCAGUCCCAGCCACAUCCACAGUGGGGACAAGAACCUGCUUCUCAUCAACAUCCUCAACAAGCAAUGAACUCUUGGACACCUGCACAGAAUCAAAUUCAGCCUCCUUGGGCUCAGCCUCUCCCUCCAGCUCAGGCUCAGGCUCAGGCUCAGGCUCAGGCACAUCCUCCAUGGGCACCGAAACAUCAACAGCAGGCACCCCAGCCACCUGUGAGCCAGUGGACACCACCACAGUCUCAGUCUCAACCAGCUGUGAAUGCUUGGGCACCCCAGCACCAACAGAGUUCAGUUGGCAGCAUUGCUCAAAACGAAUCCCAGAAAUUGCCUCCUCAACCAAUCAAGCCAUGGAGUCCAACUCAGAGCUCUCAGCCCACUCCUCCACGACGAAUGAACUCAUAUACCACUGGGACAAAGGCGCCAUCUCCUGUUCCAACAAGUAGUACCAUGUCUCCCUCUGGAUUUGGGUCAGCAUUUGAGAUGCCAGCUCUGAGAGGGAAAGGAGCGGAACUGUUCGCAAAGAGGCAAUCCAGAAUGGAGAAGUACAUUGUGGACUCUACCACAGUGCAGAAUAAGGCAAGACCAUCUUCACCUUCUCCUUCUUUGCCAAAUUCCUGGAAAUAUUCACCCAAUUGUCGGGCUCCCCCACCAUUGGCAUAUAAUCCAAUUCAUUCACCGUCAUAUCCACCAGGUGCAAUCAAGCAGCCUCCCCCCUCUAGCCCUUCAACAGCAAACAAGAACAAAAACAAAGAUAAGCAAAAACCUGCCCCAAAACCUCUUCAUGUUCUUGAUGUCAUGAAGCAUCAGCCCUAUCAGCUGAAUUCCUCCCUUUUCACCUAUGGCCCAGCAGCAGAGAAACUUGCUGCAGAAAAGGAGGCAGCUGAAAAGCUUGCUGCUCAAAAAGCAGCUGAAGCCCAGGCUCAGGCUCAGGCUCAGGCUCAGGCUCAGGCUCAGGCCCAAAUUCAAGCACAGGCUCAGGCCCAAAUUCAAGCCCAGGCCCAGGCCCAAAUUCAAGCCCAAGCACUAGGUCCUCCAAAUCAAAACCAGCAAAUGGCAUAUAACCAAGGUCCUCCCACUUAUGGUUUUAUGCCUCAACAGACCCAGCAACCCUACGGGAUGGCUGGUCAUUCACCUAUACAAGAUGGCCUUUACCACCAAACCCCUCCUAAUACAUAUCAGCCUGCUCUAAAUUCAUAUCAACAUCCUCAACAGGCCCCAUAUCAACAUGAAUACAACCCCCAACAAGCUUACCAACAACCUUCUGUAAAUCCUUACCAACAAGCACCAAGCCCUCCCUACCAACAGCCCUCCCCACCCUCCUAUCAGACAGGUCCUAAUCAAGUAUAUCAAGCUGGACCUUCACUGGCCUGCCAACCAGCCCCUAAUUCUUAUGUUGUGCCAUCUUACCCAGUAGCAGCAAGGGCCGACUCUGCCUCAGGAGGCAGUAUUAUUGCUGCCCCGAAGCCCAAAUUUUCAGCCAAGAAGAGUGCUGCCCAAGUGUGGAAGCCAAGCACUCCCGAAAAAUAGUUAUGUUAUAGUGAUUUUUCGCCAGUGUUUUUACCUUAGGACAACUAAGCUAUGAUCCAGAUACUUUGUAGAGCAGAGCAGAAGCAUACUUCCGAACAGAAAUAUUGUGUAAGAGCGGCUUUUAAGAUCUGCCAGAAAAGAAGAGCUCAUAGAUCUCUCAGAAUUAUAUCACAUUCUGUUUUUACAGAAGAAUGUUCUGCCAAGUACUUUAUACAAAUAUUUUUAUAGACAUGGUCUGCUACAGGUAAGGCAAGAAAUAUACUUAGUCAGCUUAAGACUUCAUUUUGGUCAAAGGGAAUCAUUGUUGAUUGAGUUGGAGAAGGGAAACAUGAAUGCUUAAUAAUGAGGGAAAAAUGUGGACAGGUGAAAAAGCGACAGAGAUGUUGUGAGGGUUACUGAGUAAAUAGUUUGAACUGAAGUAUAUAAUCUUUAAAACCAAAACAACACUAUCGAAUCAUAUUACUACUGCUCAGUGUACAGACUGAAUAAAAUUGGAAUAUGCAAGUAAACAGUUCUGGCAGAGCCAACAGUGCAAGAAGACACUAUACACAGUAACACAGAGACAGAAUGUGACAGAAAGGUGACUAAUUAAUGUAGUGAAGUCUCCCACCUUCAGAGGAAGAAAAAACAUUGUUACAUUUCUAAAUUGUAAGUAAUGUUUCAGACUUUCUUCAUGACUGAAGAAAUGAAUGUACUCAGUAUGUGAGUUUUGAGGGAGAGAAAUUUUUGUUUGCUUCAGAAUUUUACAGCAGUUCUACUAUAGGAACAGUAAAAAUAAAACAGAUAAAGGAAUUUCAUUUUUAGUUUGAUUGCCAUAUUCUGUUCUUUUUUGAUGUCUUUUGUUCAUUUCUUUGUGUGAUGUUUUCUUCAUAGAACACUAUUUGUAAAAUGUACCACAGUGCCAUUAAAAUGACUGUCUUCA